AUAUGGAAUUGGACCAGGGUCGAAUGGGGUCCGGCGAGAGUUCGUCGUUGUGAUGGUUAUGUUGGGAAUAACAUCGACGGUCGACGGUGUAUUCUUAAUGUCCAAAGAGUCAGUUUACUAUCAUAUUCAAAUAUAAUAUAUUAUGAAAAUAAUGGCUCAUCACUACGUCGUUACGGCUCACAAGCCAACUGCGGUUACUGCUUGUGUCACUGGAAACUUCACAUCUCCGACUGACCUCAAUUUAAUAUUGGCGAAAAAUAUGAGGCUCGAAAUCUAUCUCGUCACUCCGGAGGGGCUUCGUCCCCUCAAGGAAAUCGGUAUUUACGGAAAGAUCGCCGUUGUUAAGUUUUUCAGGCCACCGCACGAGAAGAAGGACCUAUUAUUCCUUCUCACAACAAGGUACAAUGCAAUGAUACUGGAGUGCAUGGGGGAAGGUGAGGACAUCGAGAUAAUAACAAAGGCACAUGGGAAUGUCGCAGAUCGAAUUGGGAAGGCAUCCGAAACAGGAAUAAAGGCUGUAAUAGAUCCAAAAGCACGUGUAAUAGGUUUGCGACUGUAUGACGGUCUUUUCAAGAUAAUUCCUUUAGAUAAGGAUAACCCAGAGUUGAAGGCAUCAUCGAUUAGAAUGGAUGAACUGCAGGUUCAGGAUGUGAACUUUCUUCACGGCUGUUCAAAUCCUACAUUGAUUCUUAUCCACCAAGACAUAAAUGGCAGGCAUGUUAAAACACAUGAAAUAUCUCUCAGGGAUAAGGAGUUUGUCAAAAUACCAUGGCGUCAAGAUAAUGUCGAAAGAGAAGCUAUGAUGGUAAUUCCUGUACCUUCCCCCAUAUGCGGGGCUAUAAUAAUUGGCCAGGAAAGCAUUCUUUAUCACGACGGAACAACCUAUGUUGCGGUUGUACCACCUAUCAUCAAACAAAGUACAAUUACUUGCUAUGCAAAGGUUGAUAACCAAGGGCUUAGAUACCUACUGGGGGACAUGGCCGGCCAUUUGUUUAUGCUAUUUUUGGAACAAGAGAAAAAGAAUGAUGGAACAACGAUAGUGAAGGAUCUGAAGGUAGAGCUCUUGGGAGAAAUCAGCAUCCCCGAAUGUAUAACAUACUUGGACAAUGGCGUGAUUUUCAUCGGCAGUCGCUUGGGGGACUCACAGUUGAUCAAGCUGAUAACAAAAGCUGAUGAAAACGGAUCUUACUGUGUUCCAAUGGAAACAUUUACAAACUUAGCCCCGAUCGUCGAUAUGGCUGUUGUAGAUUUGGAGAGGCAGGGGCAGGGGCAGAUGGUUACUUGCUCCGGGGCUUUCAAAGAAGGAUCAUUGAGGAUAAUUAGAAAUGGUAUAGGGAUCCAGGAACACGCAAGCAUUGACCUACCAGGUAUAAAAGGAAUGUGGGCUCUCAAAAUUGGUGGAGAAAACUAUGACAAUACUCUGGUACUCUCGUUUGUGGGUCAGACCAGAAUCCUGACCUUAAACGGAGAAGAAGUCGAAGAGACUGAAAUCCCUGGGUUUGUGUCGGAUGAACAGACCUUUCACACAGGCAAUGUGAGCAAUGACACAUUCAUUCAGAUUACGCCAACUUCCGCGAGGCUAAUUUCAAACGAGACAAAGUCUGUAGUAUCUGAAUGGAAACCAGAAAACAACAGGACGAUCAGCGUUGUUGCAUGCAACGGACAACAGGUGCUCUGCGCUACGGGUAACGAUUUAUUUUAUAUGGAAAUAGCCCCGUCGCAAAUUAUUCCCAAGGGAUCGGUGACUCUCCAACACGAGGUUGCGUGUCUGGAUAUUUCUCCAUUGGACGGUAACGCGGAAGCCUAUAUUGUCGCAGUCGGACUUUGGACAGACAUAUCGGUGAGAAUCUUAACUCUUCCUGGGUUGGAAGAAAUCAACAAAGAACUCCUGGGGGGCGAGAUUAUUCCGAGAUCAAUUCUCAUGACUUGUUUCGAGGGUAACACGUACCUUCUAUGCGCACUUGGCGACGGUAGCAUGUACUACUUCACGCUGCAAAAGCAAAGUGGUAUUCUAACAGAUAAAAAGAAGGUGACGUUAGGGACGCAGCCAACGGUGCUACGUACCUUUAGGUCGCUCUCUACCACCAACGUUUUUGCCUGCUCUGACCGCCCCACGGUAAUAUACUCCUCCAAUCACAAGCUGGUGUUCAGUAACGUUAAUCUUAAGGAAGUGAAUCACAUGUGUUCUUUGAAUGCAGAGUCUUAUCCAGAUAGCUUAGCAUUGGCAACGGAUAGCACUGUGACAAUUGGAACAAUAGAUGAAAUCCAGAAGUUACACAUAAGAACAGUCCCCCUAGGAGAAUCUCCGAGGAGAAUUACGUAUCAGGAGAGCUCUCAAACGUUUGGGGUCAUCACAAUGAGAGUGGACAUGCAGGAAAGCAGUGGGGUUAGCGUGGUCCGUUCUUCAGCCUCUACACAGGCAGCUUCAACAUCGAGCAGUAGCCAUAUCGCAUCUCAUAAUAAGCCAGGUCACACAGCGAGUGAUAUCGGACAAGAAAUCGAAGUUCACAAUCUGCUCAUCAUUGACCAGCAUACCUUCGAAGUUCUUCAUGCUCAUACGCUCAUGCCAUCGGAAUACGCAAUGUCUCUGAUAUCCACUAAGCUAGGAGAGGAUUCCACGUCCUACUUCAUAGUGGGAACAGCCCUUAUUAACCCCGACGAGUCGGAGCCAAAAAUGGGAAGGAUAUUACUCUAUCACUGGAACGAUGGAAAGCUUGUUCAGGUUGCGGAGAAGGAAAUUAAGGGGGCCUGUUAUUCUCUGGUAGAAUUCAAUGGCAAGUUAUUGGCUAGCAUCAAUAGUACGGUCAGGCUGUUCGAAUGGACAGCUGAAAAGGAGCUCAGAUUGGAAUGUAGUCACUUCAACAAUAUCAUUGCCCUGUUCCUCAAGACUAAGGGAGACUUUGUACUUGUUGGAGAUCUUAUGAGAUCUCUUACGCUCCUACAAUAUAAAACAAUGGAAGGCAGCUUUGAGGAGAUAGCUAGAGAUUAUAAUCCUAACUGGAUGACAAGUAUAGAGAUUUUGGAUGACGAUACAUUCCUCGGAGCUGAGAAUUGUUUCAAUCUUUUUGUCUGUCAAAAAGACAGCGCUGCAACUUCGGAAGAAGAGAGACAACAAAUGCAAGAAGUGGGCCAAUUUCAUUUGGGUGACAUGGUAAAUGUAUUCAGACACGGUUCCCUGGUGAUGCAGCAUUUGGGAGAAUCAAGUACACCGACGCAGGGCUGUGUGCUAUUUGGAACAGUUGGAGGUGCCAUAGGUCUGGUCACGCAAAUUCCGUCUGGAUUUUACGAAUUUCUUCAUAAUUUGGAGGACCGUUUGACGACAGUAAUAAAAAGCGUUGGCAAAAUAGAGCACAGCUUCUGGAGAAGUUUCAAUACAGACUUGAAAAUCGAACCUUGCGAAGGGUUUGUCGAUGGAGAUUUAAUCGAAAGCUUUCUUGACCUGAGCCAUGACAAAAUGGCGGAGGUAGCUACAGGAUUGCAGAUCGACGAUGGCAGUGGUAUGAAAAAAGACGCGACGGUAGAUGAUCUAGUGAAGAUCGUCGAGGACCUAACGAGGAUACACUAAGUCUAGAACACCAGGCUUAUAUUUCGAGUGUGAAUUAUAUGUACGCCCAGAUAGAGUGAUACUCUGUGGGACAAAAGCAACCUGUUGUUCGGGUCAAAUGACUCCGGAGUCAUGGUGAUUAUACAUAAAAUUUCAUCAUCGAUUUGGAUAUGAUAUGUAAAAUAUCACUAGAGAUACAAGAUAGUUUAUACAUAUGUACCUCGGUAUAGUGUCUUCUUAUCAAACAAUUAUUUCCCUUUCGUUGGUGAAUUUGUCACUUGGAAGUGCAGUUAUUGUCAAACGGUCUAAACACACGUUAAGACAGGCCUUGGAGUGGCAAAUCUAAAGAUGAGGUAAGCGUUUACAAGUGGAAUGUCAAUACCAGACGAAGAUCAUCGACAUAGUCAGGUAUGAUAUUUCUUCCCUUCUGUACUCACGCUGUUGAGGAAUAAAUGUAAUUUAUUUUCAACUAUG